AGCGAUAGAGAGAGAGAGAGAGAGAGAGAGAGAGAGAGAGAGUGAGUGAGUGAGUGAGUGAGCGAGCAAGCGAGAGAGAGAGAGAGAGGGAGAGAGAGAGAGACUCGCAGACGCUGAACCUGUGUUCAUGCCUUCAGUGUAGCGGAGCGGGCGAUGGAUGUGAGAUUUUAUCCUGCACCCCCUUCCAGCGUGGGCUCCUGCACGCUGCCUACCGACUCCAGCCUCGCCUCUCUGGACUAUUACCACUGCAACAAGAACAGAUACAGUGUAGGAGAUCGUGCUAGGCUGUACAGCGGUUUGCCCGUGAGGCCCAACCCUGACGGGAAAAGACUGCCCUCUUCAGGGUUUGAUGGUGAAAACAUGUACAUGAAUGAAAACAACCAAGAGUUUCUUUCCCCGAGUCAGCAGAACUACUCUGGUCAGGGUGGAGGUAGUGGGAACGGAGGAGGUGGGGGUGACGAGGAUUACGAGAUUCCCCCCAUAACCCCACCAAACCACCCCGAGCCGCCUUUGCUGCACCUGAUGGACCCGGAGUCCAGUUACCUGUGUCACUCCCUGCCCCACAAUGGCCUGAUCAACCCCUACUCCUACCCUGAACUGCCCGCCCUCAUGAUGUCCAACAUGCUGGCACAGGACGGCCACCUGCUCUCCAGCCAAAUGCCCUCGAUGCAGGCGCUGGCUGGGCCAGACAGCGGCCGCUACCCCCCGGCCAGCCACAUGCCCAUGCUAAACAGGUCUUCUAGGAUACUGCCCCACCCCAUGAGCGCUCUGUCCCAGCUCAGCUCUCAGAUUGGCCGAGGCCCCUAUACUCGCGGCUCCCCCUCAUCGCCGGGAAGCCAGUCGGCCACGCCCUCUCCUUCGAGCUCCGCCCAGGAAGAGGAAGCAGAUUACCUCAUGAAGAUCACGGGGGAGAAAAAACCCUCCGCAGACAUGAUGAAGCCCAAGCCCAAGCCACAGAAGAAGAAGAAGAAGAAGGAUCCCAACGAGCCACAGAAGCCCGUCUCGGCCUAUGCUCUCUUCUUCCGGGACACUCAGGCAGCCAUUAAAGGCCAGAACCCCAACGCCACCUUUGGAGACGUCUCCAAGAUUGUGGCCUCCAUGUGGGACAGUCUGGGAGAGGAGCAGAAACAGGGGUAUAAGAGAAAAACAGAAGCGGCUAAGAAGGAGUACCUGAAGGCCCUGGCAGCGUACCGAGCUAGCCUGGUUUCCAAGACCUACAAUGACCCAGUGGAGAGCAAAAAUGCCCAGUCCAGCCAACCCUCGUCACACAUGAUGCCCCCCAACCCUCCGCUGUACAGUGUGCCACCCCAGCCCUCCUCCCCCUACCUGGGCCCCAGCCCCUUCCCUCUGUCCGACCUGCAGAGCUACGCGGCCGGGGCGCCCCGCCACGGCCUGCCGCGCUCGGCCAUGCUGCCCGCCCUCAGCGCCUCCCCACCCGCCUCCUUCCAGAUCAGCCCCCCCCUGCACCAGCAGCUCUCCCUGCACCAGGGCUCCCUCCUCAACCAGCCCAUCCGCAUGCAGCAGGUCCAGUCACAGCCAAUCAUCUCCCACCAGAUGGGCCUCCAGGCCUCCCUCCACUCCCCGCCUCCAGGACAGCAGGGCUUCUCUCACUUACAGUCAGAGUAUCAGAAGACUGUGGGUGGCUCUCAGUCUCCUGGGGCUCCGAACCCAGUGGGACAGAAUCCUGACUGGGACAGUGAGUACUGCAAUCGGGAGUGUGGAGGAAACCACUGCAGUGGCAGCAUGAUAGGCAGGGACAAGCCACUCUACCUCACUUGAAGUGAAUUGAGGAGGAAGAAGACAAAAAAGUGAUGAAACAACACCAGGGAGUACCCUACACCUCUCCACCCUUCCCCGACACCCUCCGUUUUUUUCCUCAGUGUCAUUUUUCAUUCGUUUUUAGAAGGAUGUGUGCGCGUGUUCUGAAGACUACUAGUGAUCCUCUCAUUUUUUUGCCAAGCACUUAAAAUGUAUAGGCCUCCCACUGGAGACCUUCCAGAGCACUCAUUCUUUCUCUGAAUAAAGAAAAAAAAAAGACAAAAAAGAGAUAUAUAAAAGGAAAAAAAAGAAAACAAACAAACAAACAACUACCGUAAAACUGGCCCUCAGGGCAAAUGAGCUUUAACUAAAAGAGAGGAAAGCUUUCCUCUUCUCGGUUACUUUUUCAUGCUCUCGUUUUAUGUUUUAUUUAUUUCUUGCUUGCUACAUCGCUUUUUUUUGCCAAUAACAGGUCCUGUACUGUAGAGAAAUGCUCUUCUGAUGAAGUCAUCAAAGGCCGACAACUUACUGUAGGUCCACCUGAUGCUCUGUGAAUUUUGAAGAUAUUAGUAAGGACAGAAAAGAAA